ACUUCAACGACACACAGACACACACAGACACACUGGAUUUGUCUUACGUCCGGAAGGUGAGAAUAACGCUAUUUACAGUAGGUCUAUCUCAAGUAUUUGUUUCUUGUGAAAGGGACAGUCCCCCAAAAGGGUCGGGCACUUUGGGACAAACCAAAAGCACAUAUCUCAGGAAGAUUCGUAAACUUGUAGUUAUGAAGGGAUUAUUGACAGCUACUAUCGAGUGUAAAUAUUGAUGAAGAUUGUUCUGGUGCUCCUGUUCCACGUCGAGGAAGCUCAGUAGCAUAAGCCCAUCGUCGGGAGCGCGGUUCCAUAUUGUCUAUUGUUCCGGUAACCGUAUUCUGAGUACCAAGCUCAGAGAGGCAGAGCCUUCCUCUGCAGACAUCCAUCUACGCUGAUGUCCCGGAAACGGAAGUUGUGGUUGCUAUGGCUUCUAGGAAUUAUGGGAUGUCUAAAUAUGUGCGUGUUGUUUGUGAUCCAGAUGAACACACCUCUUUUCUUCUUCAAGGAUCAGUACCCCGACGAGGACAUCCAGAGAGGCGGGAUUCAGAUCACACGAAACCUAUCUCUCGCCAUCUACUCCAAAGCUGGCCAUAGAGUCUAUCAAGCCGGCAACAUCACCGCAAAUAUGACCGUCGUCACUGCCUACUUCGACAUCGGAGACUUCGUCAAGGGGAGGCGACUCUUGCGACGCCAGCUUUACGAACAGUGGGCCAAUUUCUACGGUCAAAUGUUUAAUCCUAUGGUGAUUUACACGGAUUCAAGACGGUUUUACAACCACAUGAAAAAUGUUCGCAAAACCACAUUCAGACUGACGAAGUUGUUUCUCGUCAAUAGGAAUAAUUUAUGGAGCUUUGACAUCAUGAAAAGGAUAAACCAAAUAUACAAGCAAAAAAAUUACCCGCGACAUUAUCCAAACACCGUGAAGCCUGCGUACUCCUCAGCCCAGCAUGCCAAAUUCGAGCUCCUUGCAGAUACCUUGAAACACAAAUUCUUUAAGACCGAAUUCUACUGCUGGUUAGACAUCGGGUAUUUCCGUGACGUCUUCAACCGGAAGGAUCCAUUUGUGCUCAUUGCGCCGCCUGAUUUGAACUCGAGUCUCGUUGCCGUCACAGAGAUAGCGGAACCGGAAAUGAACCUCGACUUUAUCAACAUAGUCCACAAUAAUAAAGUGUGGAUUGGCGGAGGGAUGUAUGUUGGAACUCCGGACGUUUUGCUCCAGCUUGAGAAGGAUUAUAAGACCGCGGUGCACUAUUUACUGGAUCAAAAUCUGAUGAAUACUGAUCAACAAGUGAUGUAUGUGUUAUUUUCCAAAACCGGAAGGGACGUUUUCAAACCUGUGACACAAUUACAGUUUUAUCCGGCAAACCAUAACUGGUAUCGGCUGGGAUAUUUGUCAUACCGAAAAAUAAAAUAAGUUUUGUUUUCAUUUUACUCGGGUUUAAGACAAUGGUAUAGUACACCAAAAUUCUAUUUGCAGAGUUGCGCCCCUUAGUUGUGUCAGGAUCGUGCAGAUGAAUAAUGUUAAUUUACACCAGACUUUUGUAUGUUACUUUGUACCUUCAUUUCUCGCGCAGUUACGUGCCUUAGCUGUAUCAGGAUCCGCUGAUCAUGAGUCCGAAUACCGAUUCCCACCUGAUUGUGAACCUUGGUCUGUCACCAUAUAUCCGUAUUCAUCCUAAGAACAGCGUCACUAUCGGAUUGAGCAUUAUGUUGAAUAAAUGACGAGUGACAAGGCUUCUAGAAUUACAUGUGCAUGUAAAUUAAGCCAACAAAAUAUGGGAAGGAGUGUCAAUGCAACUCAAUAGACUAGUUAUAAUGUAUCACAGCAAUAGACGAAAUUACUUUCAGUGAGGAUUCCGGGUUAGAAUUGAUUCCAUUCAUUGGUCAUAAUAUUAUAAUAUAUUGCUGAGUGAUUCGUGAAAUAAAGUUAUUUAACACUAAAAAUAUUUUCAGUGAGUAAUUCCCACUGAGCAUCAUGACGUCAUGCUGAUUGGCUGGUUUAUGUCAAUGACAAUGUGUCCUGAUGUCAAAAUAUUAUCGGACAAAACACUUUGCUCAUGCCCAUCUUGAAAUUAAAAACCACUAUUUUUCCACAGGUGCUUGUAACGCAGAACAUAGCAGCUGCAAGAUA